GCUGAGCAGGAGAAAGAGAAAAUCAUAACAGUGACUCGGAAGACGACCCGGAGGGGCACAGACUGUGACCUCCUCUGUCCCGUCCAGCAGCCGCGCGCUCACGGCGGACUGAGACGUCCCGCCCUGGAGAGAAGACAGAGGACCGCCGGGAGGAGGAAGAACACGCUCUUUUACGCACGGUGCGCUUCGCUCCUGGAGCUGGCCGGCGAUGGGAGCCGUCCUGGGCGCCCUGUCGUUCGCGAGUUGGGUACCAUGCCUGUGCAGCAGCGCGACAUGUCUGAUGUGCAGCUGCUGUCCGAGCAGCAGGAACUCCACCGUUACCAGAAUCAUCUACGCCUUCGUCUUGCUGCUGGGGACCAUCGUCUCGUGCGUCAUGCUGUCACCAGGCGUGGACGAGCAGCUCAGAAGGAUCCCAGGCUUUUGUAAAGAAGGGGCAGGUUCCUCUGUCCCGGGCCUACAGGCUGAUAUCAACUGUGAAUUGUUUGUGGGCUACAAGGCCGUGUACCGCGUCUGCUUUGGCAUGAGUAUAUGGUUCCUGGGAUUUUCCUUUCUUAUGGCCAAUAUCAAGAACAGCAGAGACCCCCGUGCUGCCAUCCAUAAUGGAUUUUGGUUCUUUAAGUUUGUGGCCUUGGUAGCAGUUACAGUGGGUGCCUUUUACAUUCCGGAUGGGCCUUUUACCUACACGUGGUUUGUGGUGGGUUCCGGUGGAGCUUUCUUUUUCAUUCUGAUCCAGCUGGUGCUCCUGGUGGACUUUGCCCACUCCUGGAACGAGUCCUGGAUAGACAAGUUGGAAAGUGGCAACUCCAGGACCUGGUAUGGAGCUUUGCUGGUGGUGACAGUACUCAACUACAUCCUGUCAUUUACUGCCGUCGUACUGUUCUUCGUCUUCUACACCAAGCCCAAUGGAUGCUUCGUCAACAAGUUCUUCAUCAGCUUCAACAUGUUGUUCUGCAUUGUGGCCUCGGUUAUUUCUGUGCUGCCCAAAGUACAGGAAUCUCAGCCACGUUCAGGUCUUCUACAGUCUUCCAUCAUCACCCUGUAUACCAUGUUUCUGACCUGGUCUGCUAUGACCAAUGAGCCUGAUCGAGCAUGUAACCCCAGCCUGCUGAGCAUCUUCCAUCAGAUCACGGCUCCCACGCUGGCCCCUCUGGAGAUGGACAACCAGACAGCCGUGGUGAUCAUCGGCACAGAGGAGCCUGUCCUUACGUCUCCAUACCUGCAGUGGUGGGAUGCCCAGAGCAUCGUGGGGCUUGUCAUAUUUGUCCUGUGCAUCCUAUAUUCCAGCAUUCGUUCAUCCAGCACCAGUCAGGUGAACAAGCUGACCAUGGCCUCCAAAGACUCAGCCAUCCUGGCCGAGGGCGGCAGCAGCUCGGACCUAUCGGAGGAGUCUACCGGACCCAGGCGGGUGGAGGACAAUGAGCGGGACAUGGUUCAGUACAGCUACUCCUUCUUCCACUUUAUGCUCUUCCUGGCGUCGCUGUACAUCAUGAUGACCCUCACCAACUGGUAUAGCCCUGAAGCAGACUAUACCGUGACCAGCAAGUGGCCAGCAGUGUGGGUGAAGAUCAGCUCCAGCUGGGUGUGUCUGGCCCUGUACAUCUGGACCCUGCUGGCCCCCAUGAUCCUCACCAACCGAGACUUCAGCUGAUCGGGAACACCGGCGACUGCACUUCAUCCUCCGCAAACCUGUUCUCAAACUCCAGCCGCGUUGCCUAAAUAUUAUUGUCAGAAUGUUUUUUACACUUUAAGCUGGAGGUGCCAUAACAGCUGUUUCAGGUAAAGGUAAAUACUGUAUGGAUUUUAUAUCAGUCAGUAGCAGCUGCUCAUUAAUUAGACAUACGUGACAAUCAUAUAUUUUGUAUUGAGGCACUUUUUUUUUCAUUUCCAAUUAAAUUUUUUGUGUUUUAAUUUCUGCUGUAACAACAACAACAUAAGAAAUCAGUCCGAAUUCAAAUCAAAUGUGAUCUUUCCUUUCCUUUCCAAACACUGCUUAAAGUCUUUUAGUCUUAUAGCUGUCCUCGUUGCAAUGUUAGUACUGAGGGUUGGUUACAAUAUCCCAGUGGUGGAAGUGCAAAGUCACAAUCUGGCCCUCUUGUAAUGAGGAUUACUUUUUUGUGGAUCAAAGUUGCCCAUCCCUGCCUUAUAUGAAUGUGAAAGGUUUGAAAUUCUAAUAUGUUGAGAGCAAUGUUAACUACAUUAGUGUAGUCAACCAAUGCUGACAGACUUGACACAUUUCUGCAAAAUGACUUAAAGUCAGUUUAAAUUUCUGCCAAGUAUUUAGGAUUAAGAUAUUAAAUGUAAAUGUGACAGAAAUGCACUGAACACAGAUACAAUAAAAUAGUUGUAUGAAUAGUAUAGAAAAGCUUUUAAUUUUUACUUAAUUGAAAAUUGUUAUCUUUUCUAAAUGAGAAAAAAUAUGUUUGGCAAAUGGUUAUAUAUAUAUUUAUGAAUCCCACCACAGUUUUAUUAAAUAGCAACACUGCCCAAAUGCCUUGUGAUUCACAUUAGUUGCUAUCUGACAAGCAGGAUGUGAGUUUUCCGUAGUGCUUCUGUUUAAUUUUUUCAAGACUGGUUUGGUUUUACAUUUAGUCAUUUACAUUUGAUCUGAUUAUUUGGAAUAAUACAUCAAACCAAACCAUUUACAGAACAAACAUUACAAUAAACAAAACAAAUGCUUUGUCUGGUAA